GUUAGCAGAAGGGUCUUCUUUCCGUUCCUGGGGUUUGAUUCGAAUCAAGCUUUUCCAAAAACGUCGUGAUUGUUCGCCACCUUAUCUCGGAUCCUGUGGACAUUCCGGAGGCAGGACGUUUCCUCCCCGAGUGACUUCACUUCCCAAAAUUAGUCCGAAGAGAAGGAGGAGGAGGAGGGAGGAAAAAGGAAAGAAAGAAAGAAAGAGUUUCAUCCGGUUCCAAACGGCCGCGUCGUUUCUUUCUUUCGCUUUGCGUCAGCCCGUUUGGAGAGGAAGAAGAAGAGGAGGAGGAGGAGGAGGAGGAGGAAGAGGAGAGGAAGGCAGGCAGGAGUUGGACGUCCCGGGCAAAGAAAUCCGGGACUGGGCAAAGAGAGGAAGAGGAGAGGAGAGAACCAGCUCCUUCGGCUCCAAUGUAUGGGAUAUUGGCACAAUCGGCGGGCAAGCCUUCUCCAUGGACGGGACCAUUAAGGAGGCUCUCUCAGUGGUGAGUGAGGACCAGUCCCUCUUCGAUUCUACCUACGGAGCUGCUGCUCAUCUUCCCAAAGCGGACAUGACAGCCUCAGGGAACCCUGACUAUGGGCAACCGCACAAAAUCAACCCUUUACCUCCCCAGCAAGAGUGGAUCAAUCAGCCUGUCCGAGUCAACGUUAAGAGAGAAUAUGACCAUAUGAAUGGAUCCAGGGAGUCCCCAGUGGACUGCAGUGUUAGUAAAUGCAACAAACUGGUUCCUGCUGGGACAGAAUCAAACUCCUUGAACUAUGGCACCUACAUGGAUGAGAAGAAUGGUCCUCCUCCACCCAACAUGACAACCAAUGAGAGACGGGUCAUCGUUCCGGCAGAUCCCACAUUAUGGACCCAGGACCAUGUACGGCAAUGGUUGGAGUGGGCAAUAAAAGAGUAUGGUUUAAUGGAGAUUGACACCAGCCUCUUCCAGAAUAUGGACGGGAAAGAACUGUGCAAGAUGAACAAGGAUGAUUUCCUCCGGACCACUUCCCUCUACAACACCGAAGUUCUGCUAUCUCACCUCAGUUACCUCAGGGAAAGUAGUUCAUUGCUUUCUUACAAUACAACAGCCCAUACGGAGCCAUCCUCUCGAAUCAGUGCCAAAGAAGACACCUCGUAUGAUGCAGUCAGAAGACCUGGAUGGGGCAAUAACAUGAACUCCAGCCAUAACAAAAGUCCUCCUUUGGGAGGGACACAAAAUGCGAGCAAAAAUGUAGAUCAGCAGCGGACUCAGCCAGAUCCCUACCAGAUUUUAGGACCCACCAGCAGCCGGUUAGCUAAUCCAGGGAGUGGACAAAUCCAGCUGUGGCAGUUUCUCCUUGAGUUGCUAUCGGACAGCUCCAACGCCAGCUGCAUCACAUGGGAAGGAACGAAUGGAGAAUUCAAGAUGACCGACCCCGACGAGGUGGCCCGGCGCUGGGGAGAACGCAAGAGCAAGCCCAACAUGAAUUACGACAAGCUGAGCCGAGCCCUCCGGUAUUACUACGACAAGAACAUUAUGACCAAAGUCCAUGGCAAGCGGUAUGCCUAUAAAUUUGACUUUCACGGCAUUGCCCAGGCGCUUCAGCCUCACCCGACUGAGUCGUCCAUGUACAAAUAUCCUUCGGAUCUUUCCUACAUGCCUUCGUAUCACACGCACCAGCAGAAAGUGAACUUUGUGCCUCCACACGCUUCCUCCAUGCCCGUCACUUCCUCCAGUUUCUUCGGAGCGGCAUCACCGUAUUGGACUUCCCCGACAGGAAGCAUUUACCCAAAUCCCAAUGUACCGCGCCAUGCCAAUUCCCAUAUGCCGUCGCACUUGGGCAGCUACUACUAAAUGCUUUUCACCUUUGGUGGCCUUUCUCAUCUGACUGGGUGUUUUCUUCCAUUCAUGGAUAUCUCUGGACAGAUGGACGUUCUCCGUUUAGUCAGGAAGAAAGCUGAAAACUGGAUAUUAUUAUUGUUAUUAAUAUUUUAUUAUAAAUAUUAUUGGAGAAGACUUUUUUAUUUUUGUAGUUCUGCUUCUUGUCUCUCAGAUGGGCAAAUGGAUUCUCCGAUGGGCCAGUAUUAUAUAUUUUGUUUGGUUCUAAUCCUAAUAUGCUCUGUAGGAUUCACUCAAAUAUUUCAAUCCAGCUCUCAGACAAAGCAUUGACAAAUCCAAGGUAUUUUUGGAAAGAAAUAGAAGACCAAGACCUUUGAGUCUUGGAUGAUAAAUGUUUGUUUGUUUGUUCAUUCCAGAUCUAAUGUCAAUGGUCUCUUCCCCAUAUCAAGUUUUGGGGAAGAAAGAGAAAAUUCAGAUAUUAUGAGGACCUUGUUUGGAGAUACAGUAGAGUCUCACUUAUCCAAGCUAAACGGGCCGGCAGAAGCUUGGAUAAGCGAAUAUCUUGGAUAAUAAGGAGGCAUUAAGGAAAAGCCUAUUAAACGUCAAAUUAGGUUAUGAUUUUACAAAUUAAGCACCAAAACAUCAUGUUAUACAACAAAUUUGACAGAAAAAGUAGUUCAAUAUGCAGUAAUGCUAUGUAGUAAUUACUGUAUUUAUGAAUUUAGUACCAAAAUAUCAUGAUAUAUUGAAAACAUUGACUACAAAAAUGCGUUGGAUAAUCCAGAAUGUUGGAUAAGCGAGUGUUGGAUAAGUGAGACUCUACUGUAUUUUGGAAAGAAAUGGAAGACCAAGACCUUUGAGUCUUGGAUGAUAAAUGUUUGUUUGUUUGUUCAUUCCAGAUCUAAUGUCACUGGUCUCUUCCCCAUAUCAAGUUUUGGGGAAGAAAGAGAAAAUUCAGAUAUUAUGAGGACCUUGUUUGGAGAUACAGUAGAGUCUUACUUAUCCAAGCUAAACGGGCCGGCAGAAGCUUGGAUAAGCGAAUAUCUUGGAUAAUAAGGAGGGAUUAAAGAAAAACCUAUUAAACAUCAAAUUAGGUUAUGAUUUUACAAAUUAAGCACCAAAACAUCAUGUUAUACAACAAAUUUGACAGAAAAAGUAGUUCAAUAUGCAGUAAUGUUAUGUAGUCAUUACUGUAUUUACGAAUUUAGCACCAAAAUAUCACGAUAUAUUGAAAGCAUUGACUACAGAAAUGGCUUGGAUAAUCCAGAAGCUUGGAUAAGCGAGGCUUGGAUAAGUGAGACUCUACUGUAACAACUGGAAUCUUAGCUUUGAAGCCAAUGGAGUCUUGUCUUUUUUCUCCCAACUGGAAAAAAAGAAUUAAAUGAAUAUAUAUAUUCCUAUACAUAAAUAUGUAUAUUUUAGGUUAAUUAAGGGCAUUGAAAGGACCUUUUGAGAAUAUGCAUUAUGUUAUCUGGUUUUAUUACGACCUGCAGAAACAUUCAAGACAAGGAAAAAGCUGUAAUGCGUCAAGGACAGAUAUUCUUAUGAAUUAAUAUAAAUGACAGCAAUCCCCCAAGAUUUAUUAGUAUUUGGGGGGCUGCAAAAUCAUAACUGAUUCACGAACGCUGUGCGUUUGUCAGACCGCUUUUCAGAGGGUCAACCAAGUCAGAGGGCAACUUACUGUAUAAAUUAUGCAGAGUUACGUUUUUAACCUAUAUCUCACAGUAUUGAAAGUUUUUUUUAAAAAAGGAUAAACUGAAACGAGUUGACCUCGGUCACAAAUGCAGUGUUUUUUUUAACUACCAAAUUCAUCAUUUGUUGUUCUUUUUUUUUACGAAAUGUAAUUUGUACAUCUUUUCAGUCUGUACAUUUGGGGUACAGCUUUGUAAUCUGUUUUGCUAAAAAUAAACUUAAAUGAAGGAAAA